UUUUUAUAUAUUGAAAAUUAAAUAAUGAGGAUGGGUGACUGAAUUAUUAUCUUAAAACAAAAACAUCUAGCCAAUGAAAUUAUAGUCUACUUGAUUUUCUUUUUCUUUAAAAAUACAUGAAGUGAGGAGGAAGUUUUCUGCUUCAUAUUUCCAUCACUAAAUUUGAGUUUUCUGGGGAAAAAAAUAUAUUUUCUUGUUUUGAUAGAUUUCAUUAAAACAUAUUCUUAAUUCCUAUAAUUCUUUUAUAUAUAUAUAUAUAUAAGAAGAUCCCAAGUGGCCAAGUAGGUAGAAAAACUCGCCAACAAUCUCACAGAAUCCAUAUGUUAUAGCAUUCAGCCAUUUAUUAUUGACCUUAACAGAUCAGAGAAACUGUUUUCUGAAUAUUUCCAACCAUUUCAUGAAAAACUAUACAAGUCGCUGGGAGUACCACGUGGCAUGAUGAUACUCCUACCAAUUACAUUAGGACACGAGAACAAAAGUAUUUACCAUUUAACUGCAGAAAACUAUAGAUUCUUAUCACAAGAAUCAUCUCAAAAUCCUACUUCAGCUCUACUUCUGUUACUCUCAGCCCACACUUUAAACCAAUUAAGCUACCUAGUUGCCACUUGUAGAUUGUAAUAUAUUCAUGGCUGUUAGGCAAUCCGAGGUUGAGGCUACGGUGGAGGAGGAGGAGCACUGCCCUGUGAAGCAGGUGGAGCUAACAGUGCCAAAAACAGAUGAUCCCACCAUGCCAGUUUUGACAUUUAGAAUGUGGGUUCUGGGUCUUGCUUCUUGUGUGAUUUUAGCAAUUGUGAAUCAAUUCUUCUGGUACAGGACACAGCCAAUGAACAUUACUUCUAUAUCUGCACAGAUUGCUGUGGUUCCCUUAGGGCAUUUGAUGGCAAGAACACUGCCUAAACGAGUCAUUUUCGAAGGGACUAAAUGGGAAUUCUCAUUGAAUCCAGGACCUUUCAAUGUGAAGGAACAUGUUCUUAUUACUAUAUUUGCUAAUGCAGGAGCUGGAACUGUUUAUGCUACUCAUGUUCUCAGUGCUGUCAAAUUGUUUUAUAAGAGAAAACUCUCUUUUCUUCCUUCCUUGCUUGUUAUGACUACCACUCAGGUUUUGGGUUUUGGAUGGGCUGGAAUUUUCAGGAAAUAUCUAGUGGAGCCAGGGGAAAUGUGGUGGCCAACCAAUCUGGUUCAAGUCUCAUUGUUCAGGGCUCUGCAUGAAAAAGAGAAAAGAUCAAGAGGAGGAUUCACUCGCAACCAGUUCUUCCUCAUAGCCCUAACCUGCAGCUUUGCUUACUAUGUAUUUCCAGGCUACCUUUUCUCUAUGUUAACAUCUGUCUCUUGGGUAUGUUGGUUUGCACCCAAAUCUGUCCUGGUUCAGCAACUGGGUUCAGGCCUGCAAGGCCUUGGAAUUGGUGCUCUAGGGUUUGAUUGGUCCACAGUGGCUGCAUACCUUGGGAGCCCACUGGCUAGUCCAUGGUUCGCAACUGCUAAUGUGGCUUUUGGAUUCUGUAUUAUAAUGUAUGUAAUUGUGCCAAUCUGUUAUUGGCUCAAUAUCUACCAAGCCAAGACCUUCCCGCUAUAUUCUAAUUAUCUUUUCCAAGGAAAUGGUGAAGAGUAUGAUAUUCGAAGCAUUGUGGAUUCCAAGUUUCGUCUUGAUAGGAAGACUUAUGCAAGUAUUGGGCCUGUGCAUCUCAGCACUUUUUUUGCUAUGACCUAUGGAUUUGGAUUUGCUACAUUGCCUGCCACAAUCAUGCACGUCUUUCUUUUCAAUGGAAGUGACCUGUGGAAUCAAAGCAAAAGAGCAUUUAUGGGAAAAAGCAAAAUGGAUAUACAUACAAAGCUUAUGAAGAAAUACAAAUCGGUUCCUUCAUGGUGGUUUCUUAUCAUCCUUGCAGUAAACAUAGCUGUUGUCAUCAUCACUUGUGAAUAUUACGAGACACUUCAAUUGCGUUGGUGGGGUGUUCUGCUAGCUUGUGCCAUUGCUCUCUUCUUCACCCUCCCAAUUGGGAUUAUCUAUGCCACCACAAACCAGGCACCAGGUUUAAACAUCAUCACAGAAUACAUCAUAGGGUACAUUUUCCCAGAGCGUCCAGUUGCUAAUAUGUGCUUCAAGGUCUAUGGAUAUAUCAGCAUGACUCAAGCUCUAACCUUCGUACAGGACUUCAAGCUUGGCCACUACAUGAAGAUUCCACCUAGGUCCAUGUUCAUGGCGCAGGUUGUGGGAACAGUUGUAUCUGUGAUUGUAUACCUACUAACUGCAUGGGGGAUGAUGGAGGCUGUCCCUAAUCUCUGUGAUAGAUCUAAGUUGCCCAAGGAUAGUCCAUGGAAAUGUCCAAUGGAUACAGUGUUCUUUGAUGCCUCUGUCAUAUGGGGACUUGUGGGCCCCCGCAGAAUCUUUGGAAACCUUGGUGAAUAUGGGAUGAUCAAUUGGUUCUUUGCUGGUGGAGCCAUAGCUCCUGUCUUAGUCUGGCUAGCCCACAAGGCUUUUCCAAGCAGGAAAUGGAUUCGUCUUAUCCACAUGCCUGUGCUGCUUGGUUCAACAUCAAUGAUGCCCCCAGCUAGUGCUGUGAACUUCACUAGCUGGAUAACUCUUGGAUUUCUCUCUGGCUUUGUUUUUUUCCGAUACCAUCCGAAUUUAUGGAAGCGAUAUAAUUAUAUUCUCUCCGGUGGCCUUGAUGCCGGAACGGCCUUUAUGACAAUAUUGAUAUUUUUCAGUUUGAGUUACCAGAACAUCCAACUGGAUUGGUGGGGAAGCAGCUCAACUAACCCAGAAGGGUGUCCCAUAGCUAGCUGUCCAACAGCCAAAGGUGUCCUCGUAGAUGGCUGCCCAGUUUUCUAAACAAAGCUUCUUUAUCUCCAACUCUGUUCUCUGCUUGUUUAGUGCAAUUAGCUUUCUUUUCAAUCUGUAAAUAUUUCGUUAGGGAGCCUUUGAAUGACGUCUGUGUUUCCUUUAACUGUAAAAAUUUGCUCUAGCACGCCAUUCCAUUUUCUAAA